CUUUGCAGCCGGCUUGGCCGUCCCUCCUCCAGCCGGGAUUUGCACACGAAUCCCGGCUCUUCACACGAGCCGAGGCCACCGGCUGCCACCAGCGCCGGCCACAGCCGGGGCCACCCGCGCCCGGAGGAGGAUGGCAGCCGGCGACGAGAAGCGGCACCUCCUGAGCGAGGGCCCCGGCGGGUCCUGUGCGGGGGCCGCGCAGAAGGACGGGCACGGCGCGGCGCGGGGACAGGAGCCCGCCCUGGAGCUGGGGACACGGCGUGGCCAGCACUGCCACACGCGGGGGACCUGCGGCCACCCCGGGCAGCAGCAGCGGGCGCGCAGGAAGCUCUACCUGGCCGCUGGCAUCUGCCUCUUCUUCAUGCUGGGGGAAGCCGUGGGCGGGUACCUGGCACACAGCCUGGCCAUCCUGACGGACGCUGCCCACCUCCUGACGGACUUUGCCAGCAUCAUGAUCAGCCUCUUUGCACUCUGGGUGUCCUCACGCCCCCCCACCAAAACCAUGAACUUCGGAUGGCACCGGGCAGAGAUCCUGGGGGCCCUGCUCUCUGUGCUCUCCAUCUGGGUGGUGACGGGGGUCCUGGUCUACCUGGGGGCCCAGCGCCUGCUCUCGGGGGACUACGACAUCCAGGGCGGGGUCAUGCUCAUCACCUCAGCCUGCGCCGUGGCCGUCAACAUCGUGAUGGGGGUGGCUCUGCACCAGACGGGGCACGGGCACAGCCACGGGGCAGGCGGGGAGCAGCCCAGCGCCAGCGUCCGCGCCGCCUUCGUCCACGUCGUGGGGGACCUGCUGCAGAGCCUCGGCGUCCUCAUCGCCUCCUACGUCAUCUUCUUCAAGCCCGAGUACAAGUUCGUGGAUCCCAUCUGCACCUUCCUCUUCUCUGCUCUGGUGCUGGGGACAACGCUGACCAUCCUCCGUGACGUCCUCCUCGUCCUCAUGGAGGGGACCCCCAAAGGGAUGGAUUUCAACGCGGUGCAGGAGACGCUGCUGGCGGUGAGGGGCGUGGAGGCCGUGCACAGCCUGCACAUCUGGGCACUGACAGCAGCGCAGCCGCUGCUCUCGGUGCACAUCGCCAUCAACGCGGCUGCCAGCGCGCAGGAGGUGCUGGAGGAGGCCAGCUCCCGGCUGCAGGGCGCCUUCCGCUUCCACACCACCACCAUCCAGGUGGAGAGCUACUCGGAGGAGAUGCGGGACUGCCGGCAGUGCCAGCCCCCCCGCGACUGACGCCCGCCCGCGCGUCCCGGGGGUGCUUCUCAUGUGUGGAAAAUAAAGCAGAGCACACGGGGGUGUGGGGGGAAGUCGGGUCUGGGUGUUAUCUCCGCUGUCUGUAGGAGCCAAGGACAGACCCAGGGCUGUGCCUGAGAGCGGCUCUUGGAGGCCGGCCACCUAAUAUUCCCUAUUUCUAUUCAGCUGGGAGCAAAGACAGCUGAAACACGCCCCUUCCCUUCUUCGGGGAGAGCUGCGAAGCAAUGCGGUGCUGGGCUGCCCAGGGGCUGCGGGGGACCCAGCUGGAGGGAGGGAGGGAGGUCACACACACCUCUUAUCGCUGCUCUGUUUGCCUUGGGAAGGCGAAGGACUCUCCCUCCCCGCAGGGCUG